CGAGGAGCAGUCUUCUGAGGAGCAAGAUCUGGAAGCGGACCGCGGUGAGAUAUACACAACUCGCAUCGCCAAGCGUGCCGGCAGUGCUCCUGUUCACAAGUAAACUGAGCAUAUCCACGUGACGUCCAGGCACUCGGGCGCGCGCGCACGACCUCUGCGAAGCGCAAGGGGGAGCAAGACCGUGCUCCAAGCACGGUCGGCCGAUCUCCGAACGCAAAUUCUCGUUAGCCUGAGAAAGCCACCGUCGCGUCGGCGAUUGCCUGAGCGCGAAUUCGCAACCUAGCGUCUCGCUUGUUGCUGUCCCUCAACGGGGCGCCUGGGCGCGUUGCGCAGCCGAGAAGGAGGGCACUGGUGGCUCCUCGACGCACGUCCUGUCGCUGCUCCCGCGUCGCGGAGGCCGUGAGCCUGAAGGGUGCUCACCGCUGAACCCAACUCUGAACCUCGCGGGCCGGCCCUCCGGCACCACUGGCACCCUUCAAGCAGCUAGGAGGGCGCGUCGUAUGCGCGCUCCCUGUGCGCGGUGGCGUGCGCGACGUCUGCGCGCCCCCCACGGGCGAAUUCGCAUGCACUGAAAACCUUCAGACUCGCCCGCGGCAGCCCCGAUCCCCCUGGUGCCCUCACACCCUGCGGCUUCCGAUACGGCCGAUCCUCGCGAGGAACGCGUCACGGGCGCCCAUGGCCGCCAGCUCCUCCUCCGACCCGGAGCGGCGGGGCACCGUGGCCUCUUGCUGCGCACGGCCCUCUGGCCUGCAGCCGCGCCCGCCCAGCAGCACCGGGAGAGCCCCCCGGGGCUGCGCGGCCCCGAGCGCCGCCGAAGCCUGGCCCUGCGAGCCGCCCCCGGCUGCCCCGCAGCACCCCCCGGCCGCCGCCUCCGCGAAGGCGACCCUCCUCUCGCCGCGGGGGCCCGCGGCCUCGGAGAAGAACGACGGACCCCCGUCGGCCCCGGGCGUGGCGGCACCCAUCGAUAGGGGAAACGAACGCGCCCCGGGGUCGCGGCGCCCGCGGAGCGCGCUGGCGUCUUGGGCGUGAGGGCCUCCAGGGAGCGGGCCGGCGUGCGGGGCGUCUUCGGGGUGCGCUCCCCCAGGGCGGCCGCGCAGGCCGCGGCUGGGCCCGCGGUCCUCGGCGUCACCGCGGGCCCCAGGGACAGCCUGGAGCCGGCGGCGGCGGAGCGGGCGACGGCCGCACCAAAGGUGCGCAUCGGUGCGGCCAUCGCCAGUGGAGUCGGCGCGGGUGCGCGCGAGCGCGGGGAGGAGCCUCAGGCGAGGACAGCGCAGCCCCACCCCCUCGCCCUCCAGCCAGGAGCCACGCUCCCGACCCGAGGAUCCCGGGGCUCGGGCGUGUGGGUCCUGGCUGUGGGUGGGGGGGGGUCGUGCUGUCCGCGCAUGGGGCGGGGGGCGAUCUUGGUC